GGCACUUCUCCGAAGCCAGCCAAGCUCUGGGCGUCUCACACCCAGCCAGGACUUCGGGAAACCGGAGCAAUUCGGCUGAGAUCGGAGGCGGGGCAAGCGGCGGCGAGAGGGCGGAGUGGGGGUUCGGGUGGCCGGGCGCGAGGGCGGAGCUGCUCGGGACUCAGCCGGAAGCCGGAGGGCGCAAAGCACGCGGCACCCGCCUCGGAGCGCUCACGGGAUCGCCUGCGCGCAAAGAUCGGCGAGGGAGCCGUGCCGGGUUCUCGACGGCGCGCACGGAAGAGAAGGCGCGGCUGCGGCGUUGCGCGGCACAGAGGAAGGAUGCCCCGUCGGAGCACCGCGCUGCACCUCGCGGCCGGCGGGUGAGUAGCCCCGAGGGAGCUUCUGGUGCGCGUCCCAGGCGCGUCUGCUCGUAAUCGGUUCCCCGGGACUUGCUGCCAAGGGGAACGGCAGGGCCGGAUCCGCCGCGUGCCCAUGGGCAAGUCUAUCCAAGCCUAGGACGCCGACCUUAGAGAGGCGCACGACUGACCUUGGAGGGGCACCGUUUCCUACAAGUUCCUUGUUGCCAUAAAGUUCUGAAAAUAGUUUGCUUUUAUAGUUUGAAAUGUUUUAUCCUUUCUGUUUUGGAAAAGAGAAGUUUGCAAUAAUAAUAAUUGUAGUUGAAGAGAUUUCGAGUUGCAGGGUUGGGAAUGCGCCGGAAUGGCAGCUGCCAGCCAUGUUGAUCUCCUAGAAUCAUAAAGUUGGGAGGGAUCCUGAGGAUCAUCCAGUCCCCACGCCCUGCAGUGCAGGAAUAUGCAGCUGACCCUUACGGGGAUCGAACCUGCAACCUCGGCCUUGUCUGCGCUGCAGCCAACUGAGUUGUCCAGCUGUGUUUCCAGCAAAAAGACAGCCGAGUGCCCAGAUUCUAAAGGAGUGAGGCCGGCUCACAUGUGUCGGUGUAGCAGCGCUCCUUCUUGUGGGAGGAAUGGGGUAGGAGGAAUGUGUCAGGAUUGUGUGCCAGAAGGAACAGAAAAUGUCAGAGGUGCCGGAUGCCUUAGCUUCUUUUCUUGGUUCACUGUCGGUUGCUAUCUUGGGCCCAUUUGUGGUCACCUUCUCUUCCUGGCACAUGAGCCACUGCACCAUGAAUUCCACACACUCCAGUUGGCCGAGGACUGCAUGAAAUGAUCUGCAAGCCUAUCCACGUGGGGAAACUUACCACCCAUUUAGUGUGACCUGUACGAUUCCCAGUCAUCUUUACAACAGCUACCAGUAUUACUACUGUUGUAAUGCUGAUGAGAACCUGAGGCUGAUGGAAGAAGUGACCUGCCUGAAUAAACAGUCCUAUGCAUGCUUGCCAGGAAGCACUUUGCAUUUCUGCAAAAAAAAACCCGGAAAGUUUUAAAGUCAUGUAAUUGAUGAUUUACAGAGCCACCUGUCAGUGCAUAUCCUUUACUAAAAAGUGAUAUUUUAAAAUGCAGUACAGGCUAAUUAAAAAACAACAAGCAAAAAAAUCCACAUGAGCUGCGCUCUUUGAGGACCUGCAAAGCAGCAAUUGGCUCCUCUGUGCAAGCUUCUUAAAAAUAAACUGAGUGUGCACUAACACAAGGAGCCUAAGCGAGCAGGAUCAGAGGGAGGGAGCAAAGUUAACGGGGGUAACAUUGGAGUGGAGUCCCUGAGACGAUGGAAUGGUGCCUUGUACACCUCCCUCUGGCAACUCCUCCAGCCAAGCUGGUGCCAAACAUAUUACUACUCUUCCUUCCCGUCAGCAAGGAGCACACUGCCCAGGCUUGCACCCAGGGAGGUCACUUUGGUGCUGCUGUUCGGCUUCACCCUGGAGGCGCACUCCAUUGUCUCUCAAGACAGAAAGAUGGCAACACCUGCAUUAAUAAUGGGCUUUAUCUAUUACCGUACCCAUAAAAUUGUUCACAUUAUCCAGCACCCAUCCUUCACUGAGGCUGGCAGUCACAGAGGUCUGCUGAGCUUCGCCUGGUGAUAGGAUGGAGGAGUUGGACCCGGCAGGUUCGACUCAACUUCUCCCACAGUUGAGAUUAGGUAAAGGUAAAGGGACCCCUGACCAUUAGGUCCAGUCGUGGCCGACUCUGGGGUUGCGGCGCUCAUCUCGCUUUACUGGACAAGGGAGCCGGCAUACAACUUCCGGGUCAUGUGGCCAGCAUGACUAAGCCGCUUCUGGUGAACCAGUGCAGCGCACGGAAACGCCGUUUGCCUUCCCGCCGGAGCGGUACCUAUUUAUCUACUUGCACUUUGACGUGCUUUUGAACUGCUAGGUUGGCAGGAGCAGGGACCGAGAAACGGGAGCUCACCCCGUUGUGGGGAUUCAAACGGCUGACCUUCUGAUCGGCAAGUCCUAGGCUCUGUGGUUUAACCCACAGCGCCACCCGUGUGAGUGUUUAAAUGCCUGAACGGGGCUAUGUAAGUCGCAGAAUUCAGCUUUCUGAGUACAGUGGAUGCUCAGGUUAUGAAUAUGAUCCAUGUGGGAUGCACGUUCGCAACCCGUAUCUGCGCAGGUUGCAAUUCUGUGCUUCUGUGCAUGCGCGACCGCUGAAACCCGGAAGUAACCCAUUCCAGUACUUCCGGGUUUCGGCAGUCCACAACCCAAAAAAACGCAACCUGAAGCAUCUGUAACCCGAGGUAUGACUGUACAGAACUUGGAUCUGAGCGCAGGAUUUUAGUUUAGUGGUGCUGCUGUUGUUGAGGACUCAUCCCUGGGGAAGCUCUGGGGUUCUUGCCUUCAUCUUCUGUUCUUCCCCUUAAGUGGAGGCAGAAGCCUCUGGGAAGCCAGGUGCUAUUUGUUGUGUUAACUGACACAACUGUAUUAACUGAAACGUGUAAUAUCUUGCCGUUCCCUUUGUGUUUAUGAGAGUUUGACUUCGCUGUUCCUCUGAGGCCGUGCUCUUAUGAAUACACUCAGGCAGUGGUAUCUACCUCUGAAAAGGGUAUUCAAGAGGGCAUGUCUUAAAUCUGUAGUGUUCACACCUGGGAAUGUGUAGUGCUGGGUUGCUGUUUUUCCCCCAGCAGGUAGACUACAUUCAAGGUCAAACUGCACAUUAAGUUCUUUAAAAACAUGCUUAAUGCAGCUGCUUUUAUUUUAAAGGAAAAAGAGCUGGUUAGUCACUGUUGCUGGUAAGGGGAGGCAAUUUAAUAUUGAACGAUAAAUUACAAUCUUUCAUCUUUUCCUCUGCCCUGCUGCAAAGGCUGGAAAAGAGGAGGAGGAGGAGGGAUCCCUUGAAACCCACCCCCCGGCGCAGUGUUAGAAACUCAAAUAUACCGUAUUUUUCGCUCUAUAAGACGCACCAGACCACAAGACGCACCUAGUUUUUGGAGGAGGAAAACAAGAAAAAAAUAUUCUGAAUCUCAGAAGCCAGAACAGCAAGAGGGAUCGCUGUGCAGUGAAAGCAGCAAUCCCUCUUGCUGUUCUGGCUUCUGGGAUAGCUGCGCAGCCUGCAUUCGCUCCAUAAGACGCACACACAUUUCCCCUUACCUUUUAGGAGGGAAAAAGUGAGUCUUAUAGAGCAAAAAAUACGGUAUAUGCUAGGUGCCAAAUGGCCCCCUUAAACCAAGGUUGCAGUUGCCAAAACAGAAAGUCCGGUUGCCAUUUUGGGGCAAGACGGCUCUAAAGUCUUAUUUUUCAAAGGAUGGACUGACUGUGAUUGAUUCAUCUGGCUGGUCCAGAUGACAACCUUGAGCUAAGGUUAAGAGCUUUGAGAACUCAAAAGAAGAAAAGUCACUUGAUCCAACGACAGUCUGUAUGUAUAUAUAUCGGCCCAUUCCGACUUCUUUUUGUUAAAGGUGACCGCUCAGGCUUCACAGAAAAAAGGAAUUUGGUUCCAGAAAUUCAUUCCGAUUGUGCAGAUGAAAUAUAAGCGAUAGAAUUCUACAGGAUGGAGUAUUUGUGUGUGAAAAUGGUCCAGAUCAAAUGAUCCCCAAAUGUUGGAAAUGUCAGGUACCAUAGGUGCUAACUCCCUGGGUGCCCGAGCACCCACAAAAUUCCCCCUUGAAGGGGCCAGGCACCCACAAAAUUCAGUGCCAGGGCCAUGCACGCUACAUGGCACCCAUGGUCAUGGGGCCAAGUUGGCACUUCUGGCGCCCAUCCUGGCACCCAGGCAAAUGGUUGAAAUGCGCCUGGCUAAUUUCAAACCCUGUGUGCCACCCAACCACAACCCCACCCUUGGUAAUUUUGCCAGCUUUGCCUGCCAAGGUAGUGCCAUAGCUGACGUUCUUCCAAUGUAGGAGAACUUCUGUUGAAAUCUGCCGACUCCCGCCUGGUUAUAUCUUCAGGAAAAGCACGGGGCCUUCGUCUCCAGAGACCCUGCACACUAUCACAACCUUCUAAAUGGCUAUAUCCAAAGUAUCCCUCUGAAGCAGAAUGGGAAGAACAUCUUACCGGGGCCGGGUACAAGAAAAUGGGUUCUGCCUGGCAAAUACGGGCAGCAGGAGCAAGUGGAUUUCGGAUACUCCUUUUUCUCUACCAGCUGCGCUGCUUACUCUGAAAACCCGGUUGUCCUCCUUCCUAAGGCGUCCUCAGAACAACUCCAGAAGGUUUUUCCUGGCCUAGCCUUCCAACUGCCCAACAGCUGUUCACACCCAGCCUCUCUGACCUGCUACCCUUUUGCUAACUCAAGCUGCGCAGGCGCACAUCCCUUGAGACGGCAAAGGGGCUUUGCUUGCAAGAAGCAUCUCUGCAAGCUGAGCAGAAGACAGACACAGUUGGUUAGGUCUUUGGUUCGUGGCCAGGUCUCUCUCAUCAUCAUCUGUCUAUAUUCUGCGACGGCAGAAGAACGGGAGGCUCAGGGUUGGGCCAGGAAAGGCCAUCUAAAGAUGUUUCAUCUUCUCUCGGCAAACAAGCCCUCUGAACGGAAGGAGAAAUAAUUGGUUUCUUUCUGCCAGCCUUGUUGCAGGAAUUGCUGUAUCCAUUGGAAACAGUUUCCAUGGUGCAUUUAAAAAAUGUACUUAGUUAUUUUCUGCUUUUGGAGGCAACCGUUUCGACGCGGUGCUUUCAUUUAUUUAUUUGCAAGAAUUGUAAGUGGUGUACACGCUGUACUUAUAGUUAAAAGAUUUAUAUAUUCGGCAGAGUUUCCAGGUGGUUUGCAAAUGAAAGAAAGGGGGGAGGGGAAGGGGUGAUGGAGUUAGGAGACCCUCUUUCUGGCGUUGUGGACACGUCCUAGUCCUGGUUCUCACAAAAAUCAAGCGAAAUAGUAAACCUGUUUCUGGACAGGUUGUGCCCAGAUGCAGGUAGGGAGUUCACAAGGUUGAGCUCUCCUUGCUUUAAAAUAAAAUAAUGCUAUCCCCGCAAGCAGAAAGCAAGCACGUCAGGGAAAAUGUGUCAUCCCAAUAAUCUAAUCAUUGGCGCAGAGGGCUUGUUGCUUUUGUAUGGAAGAGCAUCCAGUCGUGUCAGCUCUGCUGGCUUGCUGCCUGAAGUGAUGCAGGCCAGGCACCAGCUAGUGAGAACAUGAAUGUAUAGGCAGAUGUUUCAAGGUAUCCAGCUACUGGUUAGUGAUCUCAUCUCAGCCACUGACUCCCAGUUUCUAACUGUUCGGAAGCUCAGGACUUCAGAGACAAACAACAACAGCCCUUGCCUACACGAAGAGGUCAUUCCACAGUGCUUCAAAAACUCUUCACGGCAAUGACAUUUUAAAGCAAGCCUCUGACCAUGUGAAGAGUGAGGUGUGGCCACCAGGUUAAAAGCACCCUGGUGGGAGAACUGGAUUGUUUCAAGGGGUCCCUGUGGAGCCUGUGUUCAGGGUUGAAAAUGUGUGCAAUGGCUUUGAACACACCCGCAGCUGCUCUGUUGCGUCACUUGCCAGUGCAAACUUCGUCAAGGCGAAUACCCUUCAUGAAUGUGGAGCGGUAAAUCGAGAACCUCUCACCUUGCCAGGAUUCGCUCACUCAGCUAAUGUCAAACCAAAACCACAGGCUGCUGCUGUCAGUUAAGGGCUGUCCUAGCAAGGGGGCCAGUUGCGUAAAGUGCAAAGCACGUCCCUGCCAAAUUGGGGCAGCUCCCGCCUCCGCCUCCAGCUCCCCCUCUCCUCCCCGCGCGCUGGCAAUGCGUCACACAGACACCCUUUGGAUUUGCCAAUGAUUAGCACACUGACGUCUUGGCUCCGGCCUGCUGUGAGCAGGGCUCCAAAGUCCACAGGGGAGGAGGUGGCCCAAACGUCACAGCUUUGCAUUCUGGCAUUGCCCAACACGCUUCGUUCUGCUGCGAGGCUUCCCCAUGUUGCCACAGCCAACGGGCACUGGGUGAUCUUUGGAGCCCGGCAAAAGGAACAGAUCCUUCUGUAUGUUGGAGAGUCACCUCGUCCAAUGUAGUAGAGAUUGCUUCUAAGCAAUCCAGCCUCACGCUGGGAGUUCUCAGCUCAGGUGGCUGCGGUGGAAAUGGAAGCCGAGCUGUCUUGAUUCCGGAUUCAUUAAUCCAGAGCCGGUUUAUGUGGUUCUGGCUGUGCACAUAGCUAGCACAGCAGCCCCACUGCUCCCUAAUAUGGAUUAACCCCCAAUAGAAUGCAGCCUUCAAGAGGAAAAAGGAUGCCUAUUCCUAUUGACAUCCAACGCCCUUUUUAAAUGUGUUGUGGGGGCGUGAGGAGGUUAUUCAUCAUCAUCAAACCUUUAUUGGCAUCACUUACAAACAUUCAGAAUAAAUAGGCCAGUGCGAUCUCGUCGCCAUUUCAACAGUACAGUCAUUUGCCAAAGGAAAGAAGAGGCGAGCGAUCUAUUCCAUCUCUGGGGGUCUCCAGCAAGGGCAGGAUCCUGUAGCAUACUUUGGCGACAAAAAAAUAAAAUAGAGGAACUUAGCUACUGUCUUGGUAAGCUCCUGGUCUCUCCCCUGUAAUAAGAAGCAUAUAACCUCUGUCUCUGGUUUCCAUGUUGGAAUACAUACAUGGUCUAGAAAUUGUUGGCAGAAAUCAUCAUACAUUUUACAUUUAAGGGCCACGUGAGCUGGAGUUUCCACCAGGUGGGCAUACAUGGGCAGAGCCUAUCUCCUUCUGCCAUACCCGCAAACCUACCCAAAGGAGGUUAGAAGGAUUAGAAUUGAACCUAGCCAGCGGGGAGGUGGGGGGUUAUUGGGUUGUUCUUGUUUCCAGUUUAUUAUACAUUUUGUGAUUUUAUAUUGUGAUUUUGUGUUGUGAAACACCCAGGUAUAGAGCAUCUAAUAAUAAUAAUAAUAAUAAUUCCUGAUCUGUCCCAACUCUCUCCUAUCUUUGAAAUGGAAAAUCUCAAAUCGUUCCCCAAACGUGCAAAUGGAUUGGAAAACUUCUCUCCACCCCCUCUGGAUCCUCAUUGCAGAAUUAUACUCUACAACCAUAUAUGUUCGAUUCCUGCACUGAGAGAAUACUAUAAGCAUUUAUACUAGGCUGUGAAUAUACAGCCCAUUUUGAUGCAACUCAGAGCUAGGAUGAUGGACCCCCCCCCGAAGAUUUUUUGCUUUCCUCGGGGCUUUAGCAAACACCACCACAUCCUCAUAGUCCUUGCCGUCCUCUUAGUUGGACAUCAGAACCGUUUGCUCAAAAUCUACAGUUUAAUUUCAUUCUAAUAAUGAGAUCUAUCUUCCACUCCGAUAUUUCUUUUUACAUUUUCUAAAUAUGAGAUGUCCCCCCGUAAAGAAACAGAACUUCCCAGAAUAUCCCACAAAGCCUCUAACAGCUUGAAGGCAGUGACUCAAAGAGCAAAGGCCGCCUUCGAGAGUGCAAGACUUUCAAAAGAGGCAGCGUUUCAAACCCAAUUUGAACAUAUCUAGAUUCCCCGUAUUCCUAUCUGAGGUCUUUUCAGUUUUUAUCUGGUCAUACGUUGUCCCCCCUUUUUGUCUCCUAGUCUCCUGGUCUAGUUUAAAAUGUACAUUAACUAGAGAGGCACAGAUUCUCCACACUGAUAACGAAAUUUCAGACAGUUUUGGUGAUUCUUGUGGAUAGCAUUUAGAAUUUGGACUGCGUGCCUGAAUCGUAAUUUGCUUAUACUGCCACUGAUGUCAGUUGCCCUGUGACCUUCUGGGGAAGGGCAGGUUAAGAAAAUCUUAAUAAAUAGACAAAUGGAGCCCCUUCUCAUGAGACUUUGGGGGCACUCCUGCUGCGAAGAGCCUUUGAAGCACUGAGGAAUGACCUCCUCAUGUAGGCAAGGGGUGGUUUGUUUGGUUUUUGCCUCUAAAUAACUGUCUUGAGGAUAGCCUCCGAACUGUUAGAAACUGGGUGCAUAAGCUGGGUGCCAAAGGACAGGGUUGUAGCUGAAACGUUUGGGCAAGAUUGCUCUAAAGCCUUAUAUUUCCAGUGAUGGACUGACUGUGAUGGAUUCUUGGUUAAACACCUGGCUAGUUCAGAUGAAAACCUUGAGCUAGGUUAAGAAUGUUGAGAGCUUAAAGAAAAGAAGUCACUGGAUCCGUGGAGAGUCCACAUGGGGUAAAUUGAAGACAAGCUGCAACAAUUAACUAUAACGUCGUUCGCUACUCCUGCUCAGGCUGCACAGAAAAAGCAAUUUGGUUCCUCAAAUUCAUUCUGAUUGUGCAGAUAAAUGAUUAAAACGGUCAGAAUUCUACAGGAUUAAGUGUGUGAAAACACUUAAGAUCCAAGUUUUACAUUUUAAACAUCAAAAUAUCAUAGCAAAUAACAACAACAAAAUUACAGUUCCAAAAUUUCCCCCUCCACGACUUCCCUCAAUUUCCUCUUCUGGUUUUUUUAUACAUAUUAACUUCUCCUGCUUGUUUUGAUAUAUCUUAAUUUUAAGAUAGGGACGCGGGUGGUGCUGUGGUCUAAACCACAGAGCCUAGGGGUUGCCGAUCGGAAGGUCGACAGUUUGAAUCCCCGAGACGGGGUGAGCUCCCAUUGCUCGGUCCCUGCUCCUGCCAACCUAGCAGUUCGAAAGCACGUCAAAGUGCAAGUAGAUAAAUAGGUACCACUCCGGCGGGAAGGUAAACGGCGUUUCCGUGUGCUGCUCUGGUUCACCAGAAGCGGCUUAGUCAUGCUGGCCACAUGACCCAGAAGCUGUCUGCGGACAAACGCCGGCUCCCUUGGCCUAUAGAGCAAGAUGAGUGCGCAACCCCAGAGUCGUCUGCAACUGGACCUAACGGUCAGGGGUAUCUAGCUAAUUUUCAGAUCUUUAAAUUAAUUAUUAUUAUACUCUUCUCCUUUUCACAUCAUCAUUAUAAUUCCUGUUGUUGUUGUUAUUUUGUUAAUUGUAAAUGUUUAGUCAAAACCUGCUAGUGAGUCCAUAUCUUUACCUUGUUUCUGUAGGUAUAACAUAAAUGGUUCCCAGUCUUUCUUAAAAUCUCUGUUGCCCUUUUCUCGAAUUCCUAGGCAUCUUCACUUAGUUGCUAGUGGCCAAUUAUCGGGUGCAAAAGGCGCCUGGCUAAUUUUGAACACUGCCUCUGAACCUUGCCCUGACACUGCAUUUCCUCUUCCCUCUUCCCAGAUUUGGUGGCACGGCUGGAGCCAUCUUGACCUGCCCUUUGGAGGUGGUGAAGACCCGCCUGCAGUCUUCCUCGCUGGCCGUGAGGCCGCUAUGCCUUCCUGCAGUGCAGAUGCAAGGGGUGAACGGAGCACUGAUCCGCCCUGGACUGCCCUCCAUAGGCGCUCUUCAGCUCUUGAGGUGAGCGGCCAAGACAGGAAUAGCUGUGGGGGAUCCUUGUGAGGUUCCCAUGGGUGGGAUUCCCUUGUUUUGUACCUCCGUUUGCUUUUCCUGCCCCCCGAGACAGAGGGAGGAAACUGACCUGCUCGUUUGUUUUCUCCUUUCACAGAACCAUCCUAGAGAAAGAAGGAAUCCGCUCCCUCUUCCGAGGCCUGGGGCCCAAUCUAGUCGGAGUUGCACCUUCCAGGUAAAAUCGUGUUUACAAGGGCAGGGCUCCUGUUCCUGGUUCCCCAAGCGGAACUUUCACAGGGAUUCUCGUUGAAAUCAACCCUCAAAAGGGUCCAGAAAUCUCCUGCUAGGGUUGGGUGAUACCUGGUUUUCAACAUCGUGAUAGAGCACCAGCUAAACAUCAUGAUAUAUCGCAAUGUCUGAAAUAAGGAUGGAGCUAUAUAGAGGCAUUGGCUGGCUUCAUGGUUUUCCGGCAUUGUGAUUUUUGCAUAGCACACCCACCCACCCUGAUUCAUGAUAUAUUGCCAGGUCAAAAACUAUGAAACCGAUAUCACGAUAUGGGCUAAAGGGGGACACAUCUGAGACCCAUGACCUUGUGCAGUCGGCUGGUGGGUGACCAAACAAUAGGGUUUUUUUUAUAUUAUACAAAGUUUAUUUUAUAUUAUACAAUGGCUCAAACGGCCUCUGAGCCUUUUCAAUGCUUUUCCUGUAAACAGCAGAUCAUUGUUCGUACAGAGCAGAAUCCGGAGGAGAGACAGUAAGCAUGCAAAUGAGCAUUUCUGGCCACCACAGACGUCACAUCCACAUGGGAAGGAAUCGAGAGCUGCUUUCAGCCUUUAAACCCCCUGAAUCUGGCAAGAGUGCAGGCUUACCGGGGCGAAUCUAGAGCAGAUUGCUUGUCGUUGCUUCUGUGGGUUAAGUAGCUUAAAAGGACUCAAUUCCUUUCCCUCCCCUUUUCCAGAGCCAUUUAUUUUGCUGCAUAUUCGGGCGCCAAGGAGAAACUCAACACGGUGUUCGCGCCGGAGUCUAAGAAGGUUCACAUGCUUUCGGCAGCCUGUGCAGGUAAAAUGUACAUCUGUUUGGGUAUCCUCGGGUCAUUUCACCUGUUGUGUUCCGAGCUUUGAAGAAAGGUCAAGAUAAUGUGUUUUAAAAAAAUAAAUAUGAUUUACUGCGGCAAGGAGUAAAGGAGGACUCCUAGAUACACACUUGUGCAUGUGUGCUACGCAAAAGCAGACACCGUUACAGAGCAGCACUGCUUACCUGACCUCCUGGUUAUGUCACUGCAGCACAGCUGGAGGGAGAGGAGCAUGGCAGUAGCAUGGUUGGCAUGGUAGAUCCCACACUGCUGGCGCAUUUGCAGUGUGCCAACCUUGCCAAUGACUGCUGCACCCUUCUCUGCCCAGUGUGCUGCAGCGACUUCAGCUGGAGUUCGGAUGAGUGGCAUAACCACACACCUUCAAAUUCUGGGGUUACAGGUGUUGAGAAGCUGCAGCUGGCAGCGGGUUGUAUAUAUGUGGCAAAGCAGGGAUGCGUACCAUCUUCAUAUAUGCCUCCUAAUACAGUGGUACCUCGGUUUUGGAACGUCUCCAUUGACAAACAUUUCGGUUUUCGAACGCUGUAAACCCAGAAGUAAAUGCUUCGGUUUUUGAACGCGCCUCAGAAGUCGAACCGGAAACGCAACUUCUAUAUUGAGUUUUCAAUUUUGAGACUUCCAUACUGAGUUUUUGGUUUUCGAACGUUUCGGAACUCGAACGGUCUUCCAGAAUGGAUUACGUUCGAAAACCGAGCUACCACUGUAUGGGUGAAUGCAUUUUCUUCCUUGCAUUUGUGAAGGGGACCUUUCAGGUUUGAAGCAGCCCGUUGCCUCCUUCUUUCUGCUUUAAGUGCUAAGAAAUGAGGUCAGGCAGAGGUGGCGAGUGACCAAGGGGAAGGCAGAGCGAAAGCGAAAAUCCAUGGGUGGAACUCACAGUCUGAGUUAAGCUCUUGCACAGCCGCCACUGAAAUCUAUGUAACAGUUAAGCUUGUAAUUUCAUCCCAUUGAGAUCCGCUGGAUAUGAAAACUUUGGAUUAGAUGCCAGAGAACCUCAGAACAGGUCCCUGCAAAUUGCAAAUGUCUUCCGCAAAGCACAAGUUUCACCUUGGUACCUUUAACUUCUCCUUCCUGCAGGAGUCACUUCUUCCACUUUGACAAACCCCAUCUGGCUGGUGAAGACCAGAAUGCAGCUGGAAGCCAGGUAAGGAAAUCCUGGCUGUGUACCAGUUCAUAACAUUGUUUUGAGCCACCGGGACUGGCAGAAUUUGAUUCUGGACAUAAUGGAAGACUGGUAGGCAAGACAUGCCACUUGCACAUAACAGCAGGAGGCCAUUUGGGUGUAUGCUGCAAUUCCACCGAAGCUCAGAAUUUGGCACGGAGCACAGAAUUCUGCUGCCUAAGAACCUGAGUCUCUCCUCCCCCCCUUAACCUCUUUGAAGUUGCAAAUGAAUAUGCAAAAGCAUGCCCAAUGCCGGGUGCAUCUCAGUAGCCAAACGAGUUCUGGGUCAGAUUUCACAUGGUUAGAAGGUAGGGCAAUAAUCCUCCUGCCCCCUCCCUGACUAGAAGCCAAAUCAAGCGUGCAGAAUAAGAAACAACGAACAUGCACAGUGUCUCUUGAUUUCUGCGAUUUGUACAGGUUGCGGAAUUCAGUUUCUCGGAAUUCAAGUUGCCAUGGAACAACAUUUCAUUUAUAAUGCAGUUUAGUGCAUUAAAUGAGAAGAGCUCAGCAGUUCCCAACUGCGUUUUCUGUUCUCUGCAGGGCCAAAGACGAGCGACGCACCAGCGGCUUCCAAUGCGCCAUUCGCAUUUAUCACACGGAGGGCUUGCGAGGCUUUUACCGCGGGAUCACUGCCUCGUACGCUGGCGUCUCUGAAACCAUCAUCCAUUUUGUAAUCUACGAGGCACUGAAGCAGCGAAUCAGAGAGCAUCGGUCGUUCCUGACUCCGACUCCUAUCUUUUCCCCAAGCAGCCAGGACUUCCUUGGGCUGAUGGCAGCAGCCGCCGUUUCCAAAACAUGUGCCUCAUGUAUUGCCUACCCACACGGUGAGCUGCUCUGUGUUCCAGGCUCUCCCCCCCCCCCCACAAACCUGUCUGGCCAGAACUGGAGGAGCUUUCUCCAGAGGACUGGAUAACUAAUCUCUUUUCUCUUUCCUUCCUGCUCCCUGCAGAGGUCAUCCGGACGCGGCUGAGAGAAGAGGGCUCGCGUUACCGCUCCCUUCUCCAAACUCUGCAGCUUGUGGUCCGGGAAGAGGGCCCUGGCGCUCUUUACCGUGGGCUCCUGACUCAUCUGACCCGCCAGAUCCCCAACGCGGCGAUCGUCAUGGUCACCUAUGAACUGAUCAUUCAUUUGGCAACCAAAAUGUGAUGCUUCCCCCUCCCUGAGAAUUGGCUGUUGUUGGCAUGUGCCUUUAGGAAUGUGAAGCCUUGAUCACGAUGAUCACAUUUCCCCGUUCCACGGUUCGAUGAUGCCGUGGGAAAGGCUUGGAAGCUAGUGGCCUGUCUGUAAUCUUUUGUUUGCGAGCCUCGGUAACUGAAGGAUGUCUUCAACUGUGCUGGGCCUCUCAUCAGACGCCUUAAAAGACAUCAGUGGGCAAGGGACCACUCAAAGAUGCAGUUGGACAGAUGCAAGAGUUUUACAUGCAGAAGGAACAAUGCAGAAAUGUAUGCGUACGGAGGGCGGCUCGGCUGGCAAACACUCUUCCCCAGUGCCCCUGCCUGGCCAGGCUCCAGUGUACUGGUUGUGCAAUUCAGUGCAGAGGAAACCGUUCUGCUCUACUUCCCCUGUGGCCCAAGUCCGGCUUGCCAGCUGGCCAGGAAGGCAGAGGGCUUGUACGGAAGCCACGUAAAAUGAAAGAAAAGCACCGGGGAAUUUUCUCCAGGAAGUGGAGCGGUGCAUCAGUGGUUAGUCUCAAAGGGAGGACUCCCCUGGCACUGACACCCUGCAAUGGGCCUCCAACUCUUGCUGAAGACAUUGAUGGUUCCCUCCUUCCCUUCUGAGUUUGCCGCUGGCAACUUGCCAUCUCCUGAAGGCAGGCAGGAGGACAGCUGUGCCCUUGGGUCAGCUCCUCGCCCCUGCUCACGGAAGCACAGAAGCAACAUAGUCAAAGAGCCCUGGGGGUUUUGGUCCCUGCUGUAAAGAGAAACGGUUCGCUGUGGACAACUGGCAGGCUUACUUUCUCUUGCCUUGCUUAUGUAUGUAUUCCACUGUAGAGCUUGCCUCCCUAACAGGAGAGUCAUGGGGAGAACAAAGGCAUCUAGGAUGGGGUAUAUUUCAAGGGGGCAGGAGGUUGCUCUGCUGUGAUGGGGUGAAGGGCAGCCUGAAUGUGAAAUUUGGUGUGUCCUCCUGUGCGUAGCUUUAUGGGGGUUCACUGACUUCUGACUCCAUUUGUUGCAUAGGAGUAAGGAUGCAACACAUUCUUAGACAAACCGAAAUUAUUAUAUGUUUUAAGUUAAUGUUUCUUUGUGUUUUUUAAUAAAGUAUUUUAUUAAAAAAACAACAACCAAUGUUAACACAGUUCUAUUUGGUAGAGUAUGAGACUCUUUGAAUUUCAGGGUUCUGGGUUCAAGCACCAAGCUAAGCAAAAGAUUCCUGCAUUGCAGAGGGCUGGACUAGAUGACUCUGGGAGUCCCUCCCAACUCCACAAUUCUCUGAUUGUUCUUUACUAGGAUCUGGUGCCAGACUCUUCUACAUUGUUAAGACUCGUCCAGGAGCCCAGAGGAUGGGGAGACCCUCUUAUUGAACCAUUGCAGGAAGCAACCAUUGGGGCAACCAAAUCCUUUUCUUACUAAUGAGAUAUUGGAAGACCCUCAGCCUUCAUCCCUUUUCUAUUCUUGUAAUUACUACAUGGGGUGGAGAAGUUAUUAAAAGAAGAAAGCUAUCUC